AUGAUAUCCCUUAAUAAGAAUUUAUUAAACUUCUUAUCUAUUUUUAAAAGAGAUUCAAAAAACGAUGAAUUUACACAUGAAUAUUUAGAUGACAAAAUUGAAAAUACCAAAUGUGAAAGCGAAUAUAAUAUCUUAUUAGAAUGUUUAGAUAAAUAUGAUAGAAACUGGAGAAAGUGUCAAGAAGAAUUAAAAAUAUUCAAAGGAUGCUACAAUGAAAAUAAUAAAAUUAUUAUUGAUAGAAAAAACUAA